AUGUCUAAGCCAGUGGAACCCGAGGCCGGUCUGCGGGAGGUCAGGGUCGACGUGAGGAGGCCGCGUCACCCAGUCCCGUACGGCGGAAAGGUCCCAAAGACCUCGGAAAGGAAUCCCGAUUUUGUUUACGUGAAUCCCGCAUACGUUGGCAGUCUGAACAGCGUGAGCGAUGCGAGAGUGCAACAGCCUCCGACCAGUGUGAUACGCGAGCAGUACUGGACCUGUUCAAAAUGGUCCUUUGCGCAGAGGAUCAUGGCAAUCGCCGUGGGGGUCCUUUCGGGGGCCGUCAUAGGUCUGGCUCUAACCAUAGCCCUGCGUAGCGGCGACACGGACGUGAUUGGGGGCCUAUUCAGAUCCCAUCCAGCGCCCGAC